ACGGACGCAGCGGCGCCGACGGGCGUCGAAAUCGGCCAGUCGACGCCCGAAUUGUAACCGUGCAAGCGGGUGGCGCUGAGUCGUGAACCUAUAUCGUUUAUUUACACCUCGAGGUAAUUCAAUUUUCUGUCUUCAAGUCGUGACAGAGACCAGAAACCGUAUGUUAUUUGUUUUUUGAUCCACUAAACAAACAUGCUUGCCAAAAAUUGCUAAUCAGAUGGGUGUUAUUUUGGGAUAUUUUUCCGAGGGCAACGCGAAAUUUGUAGAGCUCCUCUAACCGUUUUGAGCUUCGAACAGAAGCGAUGCCCGCUGCGGCCGCCGACACACGGAUAACACCGACGGCAAUUUGAGCGGAAAAGAAUAAAAUGGACAAAUGCUCGGAGUCGCCAGAUAUAAAUUUUGGAUCAUAACCGCUACGUUAUUCUUUUACGUAGUAGGCGUCGUUGUCUUGUCCACCGUCUCGCUGCACGGUCUCAAGAGAGGAAGACGGACGGAGAACAAACCUCUGAUUCCUGACGAUUCUAUAAGUCACCGAAAAUCGCCGCCCCUGAAGACCAAAACCACUAGCCUAGAUUACGGUCCUGGCGCAUUCAGGCCGGUCCUGAAACGGUUCAAGAUCCAAUGGUGUUCGGACCUGCGAUACCUAGAUGGAGGCGGCGACCACAGCACUGGAAAACCCACAGCGUUAGUUAGUUUUCCGGGAAGUGGCAACACGUGGCUCAGAUAUUUGCUCCAACAGGCGACAGGCUAUUACACGGGCUCCGUUUACAAGGACUACGGCCUCCUGAAAAACGGUUUUCCGGCCGAGAGCGUUGCGAAUGGCUCGGUGCUGGUGGUGAAGACGCACGAGUGGGGCGCGCGCGCCCGCUCCAUGUUCUCCAAGGCGAUCUUGUUGGUGCGGUCACCGGGGGCCGCGAUCCAAGCGGAGUUCAACCGGCAGAGCGGCGGCCAUAUUGGAUUCGCGUCGCCGGACCGAUACCGCCGCUCCAACGGCAAACACUGGCGUCAGUUCGUAUACGACAAGCUCCGCGGCUGGCAACAGCUCAAUCUCGACUGGCUGUACAAUUUCACCGGCCCAACCCACGUGGUUUUCUACGAGCACCUCGUAGACCGUACCGCGCGCGCGCUACGUUCCGCCAUCGAUUUCGUGGGUGGAGUCGAGGCGCGAACAUUCGACUGCGCGAUCGAACGCAAAGAGGGCAUCUACCGGCGCAAACGGAGACUGCUCAAUUUCGACCCGUUCACCGCGGAAAUGAAGCGACGCAUAGAGGACGUGCGCCGCACGGUAUACGACGCCAUUUACAAGAUGGCACCCGGACGGUGAUCAUUCGCAGACAGUUUUUUUUAUUAAUCCAGGACAUAAGCAGUAUUAAAUCGCAAUUGAACCUUCAGAAAAUGUCGUCAAGCGCGCAGCCGUGUUGCAGAGUAUCGAUUAUUAUCAGCCGAAAUGCACAGAAUGUUCAGUAAUUUCAGUCAGGUAAUUUAAAUGCCAAUCCUACCAAUUUCAACGUUUUUGUUAAAAACAAGUUAUACCAUUGUUUUCUUCCGCAGUUUGAAUUUAUUAUACUCUGGCGCCUGGUGAUAUAAUGGACAAUUUUUAGGUUGUCCAAUUCUUUGAUCCGACCUAUAGCGUUUCGGGGCAAACGAACCCGACAUUUUCAGUAGUGCGUCUGUGUUUACAAAAUUAUCACGUCUAUCAGAAAUUACUCCUAAUUAUCAGUAAAAAUGUCCACUUACACACAAUGUCCAGUACCAGUGCAAAAAAUCUUCUAAAAUACAAUAUUUCCUAACCUAUACAUUUUGAGGACAAUAAAAAAAAUAAAAUCAGGAACAAUAAUACCCAAAGUUCAAAUACAUAAAAUAACGGCGCACGAUGUCUCCGAUAAAAAAAAAAUCAAUGUGAAAUGUGUUUUAAUAAUAAAUACAGUAUUGGUAUUCGAUUCGUAGUGUCCGUCAAUUCGCACUCUAAUUUAAAAGAAUACUAGUUAGAAAUAAGCAAAAUAAACUUGAGGAAAUUCCGCACUAGGUUCUUACAGCUUCUGAAGUGUUUGGUUAGGUGGCGAUUCUUCUUCUUUUUGGUAUUCGGCGCCGUCGUCGGCCCGCACGUCUUCCUUUACUUCCGACCGGCGGAUGAUUUGAACCGAUUUUACGUGAACGUUGAAUAUGCGACAAUAAAAAAAAAUAAGUAAGACGUCUGAGACGUUGCUCGUAAUCUGGCGACUUUGUAAAUAUGUAAUACCGUAAUACCGUAGCGAAAAAUAAAUGGAGAAAUGUUUACAAUCGCUCGCGCGUUUUUCAUUUCGAUUUUCCUUUAGAAAAAACCAUAUAUAU